CCUCUCCUCCUCACGGGGCAGCCAUCCAGUGCGUCUCCCUGCAUCCCUCCUGACUCAGCCCCCUCUCUCCCUCCUCCCCACUCCUCCUCGGACGUGCCGCCGCUCCAUCAGGCGGAGCUCUUGGUGGAAGAAAUGAGGGACACAACAACAACCAUGGCGAUGGAACUGUGGACGGACUAACAGCGCUAUACGGGAAGCCGGGCACAGGCUCCAGGCUCUCAGUAUAGAGCUGAAAACUCAGAGAAAAGGUUAGAGCACAAGAAACCCGAGACGUUGCCUGGCUCCAUGUCUGCCCCUGCUCCACCCAAUCAGAGGUCUACAUCGGUCUCUCGCCGAUUCAACCCUCUGAAGGUGCUGCAGCCCAAACGUCGCUUGCAGCAAAUACUGGCGUCCUCGCCCGUGCCGGUACCCAAGCCGGUACCCAAGCCGGCGUCUGGGUCGGUGACUGCUGUGCCAGCCGCCACAGCACCAGUGGCCAUUCCUGUGCCCGCGCCCCCUGCGUUUGACUACUGCAGGUUCAUAGAGUUAGACUACGUGCCCAUGGAGUCAAGCUGUAUGGUGUCAAUGCGCCCAACUAAAGGCUAUGUAUCGACCAAGUCACCGACAAAGGGAUACGCUUCCACCAAGUCUCCGGAUCGCCACGGUCGUUCAACAAACUCUCCCUCUACCCCUCGCUCCCGGCGCACUCCGGCUGCGGCCAGUAAUAGAGAUCCCUAUGGAAACGCUUCUCUCAGCAGCAGCAACUCAGGCUCAUGUAAAGGCAGUGAAUGCAGCCCAACCAAAGGACGCCAUCAGAAGUACACGUCAUGUACAGACAACCAUGGCAUUCGGCCUCCUCCACCAGAGCAGUACCUCACACCCCUUCAGCAGAAGGAGGUGUGUAUCCGACACCUGCGGGCCAAGCUAAAAGAAACCAUCAACACCCUGCAAGACAGGGACACGGAAAUAGAUGAGUUGAGAGGCCGGCUUUACAGAAUGCAGGAGGACUGGGUUGAAGAAGAGUGCCACCGCGUAGAGGCUCAGCUGGCCCUGAAGGAGGCGCGUCAGGAAAUCCAGCAGCUCAAACAGGCUGUGGAUACUGUUCGUGCCAGACUGAGCGAUGCCGGAGGCCUCAGUGGAGAUGUAGGGGUCCAGAAGUACUUUCAGGAUAUCAACGCUCAGAACCACAAGCUGGAGAACCUUUUGCUGAGUAUGGAGUUGGCCCAGGCUGGAUUAGCAAAGGAGGCAGAGGCUAUGCCAGGCUGUCGGACCCGCGUUGGGGGUUCAGCACCAGCAUCUGUUUCAGGAGAAAGUCCUGGCGGAGUACCCAAACUUACUGUAGGAGGAAGAGGGUCUUGCUCUUGUGAUGGCUCCCCAGCCCGGUCUUUAACUCGGAGUUCCACCUACACAAAGCUGAGUGAUCAGGCACUGGCGGACCGCAAUGACAACGGGUCAGACUUUCCUUGUCUCUCAGGCGACGGCACCCAGGACAGCGGCUUUGUGUGCUGUGGGGAGAGUAACAUCCCCAGCCGGGCUGACCUUCUGCUGGAGGCCGCAUUCCUUUCUGAGGAAACAGCAUCUUUACUUAAUUCCUACACGCAGACCUUCUCCCACUCUCUUCCCCAUUCUCAUCCCCACUCUCUGCCAAACUCACUGUCUCACACCUACUCACAUACCUUACCUCAUUCUUUCCCUCACAAUUUGUCCCACUCUGUGCCGCAUACUAUGCCACACUCUUCUACGUAUGAGAAGCUGUGCACAGGGGAGGGGCUGGCACCCUUUCGUUGUGGUCUGGGUGGAGUGAGCUGCAUGAGCCACCCCUGCCUCUCCCACCACCAUCUGUACCUGCACCCUUUAAGGGAGACUGGCAUUCAGACAGAAAGCUGCCCCAUCCCUACAACAGCAGGGUAUCCCUCCGAUCUGGACACCAUCGCAGAGCAACGUACCUUCCGGUCCCAGGCCUGUAGCCCCACUUCAACCUGGAUGUCUGAUGAAGGGGACGACGAGUUGGACUCCAUUACCACCACAACUUCAGUAACCACAGCAACAGUCAUGAGUACAGCAACAGAGCCAAUCCCCAAAACCCCAGUGGUCCCAUCUUUACCACGGUCCGCCACUGUUGCGUGUUCCAUGGAAAGUCCUGUGCAUAAAGAGAAAGAGCAUGGAGAGGAGGAGGAAAAGCAGGAGAAAGAGGAAAAAGAGAAGGAAGAUUUUGUGGCAGAAGAGCAGGUGGAGAUAGUUAUGAUCAAACUGGCAGAAGAAAGGCAACAGACGCUGAUUGGUUCAGUGGGAGAGAAGAUAGGAGGGCAGGGUGCUGAAGAGAAGCCGGCUCAAGGAAAACUCUGUGAUCUUGCUGAGAUGCCAGCAACAUGGCAGGGUGAGCUUAAGUUAAGAGGAUGCUGUGGAGAAGGCAGGCAGGGUGGGACAUCAUUUGAAAACCUCGGAGUUGUGGACACGCAGCAAGAAAGCUGUCCUUUACAAGAAUCAACCCAGGUAGAGACACCUCACCUGAGUCCGAGUCACCAGGGAUCGUCUCCAGCUAUAGAACUGCCUCACACAAUCCAGCCAAGAAGGUCUACUUCCCAUGAGGAGAUAGGUGGUGUUACAGUGGUGGAGGUGCACAAUGAGGACAAUGAUAACGGUGAAACAAAAGAGCACGGUGCCACAGGGGACACUGCAGAUGAGAACGGAGAAUCAUCUAGUUCUGGGACGAUUCAGAAAAGCUACUGGAGUCGUCACUUCCUAGUUGAUCUGCUUGCGGUGGCCAUUCCUGUGGUGCCGACGGUGGCGUGGCUCUGCCGCGGUCCAGUCCGGGAAGGACAGCCAAUGUAUCACAUAGGAUCACUGCUGAGAGGCUGUUGCACUGUGGCGUUGCACUCGCUGCGCAGGGGAGGCGGGCUGAGGCACUACCCCGCAGGCGGGGGAGACUUAGGGGGAUCACAGAUAUAAGAGGAAAAUCUGCUCAGCACCUCUGUGGCCCUUAACCACGACCUUUCCUGUAUAGGUUUUCUCUUGGAAGAUUCAAGUGCAAGAAGACGAGGACUUCCUGUCCUGCAGUUUCUGCCAAGAAUAGGCAAGAGGGGUAUAAGAAACAGGAAAUGUGAAGCUCUUGGACUGGCAAGCUCUGCCUUGUUUUGGUUCUGCUCCGCAAUGUCUGUCACCCAAUGUUCCUCAGCCUUGCUACCGAGAUGUCUGCCAGCUCUACUGGCUUGUGCAAAAGUAAAUGAGCUGAUUGAAAUGAAUGAUGCCUGGAUCUUUGAUGCUGAUUGUUUCUUUUGAUCUUAAAUGCAGGGAAAACUGUAAAAGAUUCAUUGACUACUCAACCUAUGAAUUCUAACACAUUUGAAUGGUUGUGUGUGUAUAUGUGGCAUAUAUGUAUAAGAGCUUGUAUACAUGUGUAGCCAAGUUACAAAAAGCUACAGCUUCACCAAGUCAUUAAGCAAUGGCUGAGGGGAAAAUCCACUCUAAAUCAGAAUUUACAUGUUUCUACAACUGCAGACGGUCUUCAUUGAUCUUCAAGACUGAAAUCUCAGAGUGUGUCUGCCAUCAUGACGUAGACACAAAACUCAGGGAUGUUCCGAGGGUAGAAACACACAAACCUAUUAAAUUUGCUUCAAAUCAUAAACACCCAGCUGUGGCCAGUUCAGUUGUGCUGCCAAGUUAAACUCUACUUACUUUUAAUCGUAUUAAGGUUUUAGUUCUCUCUCCUGGCCAAAGAAGCGUUUUGGUUGAACUCACCCCCCCCAAAGGAAUGUUGUUUAUCAUUAAAAUGACCUCUGCCAAAAAUCCUAUGUAGAUGUUUAUUAAUCAAACACAGUAGGUUAAUCUGAGGUGUGUAUACAUCAACUGCAUAGAAGCUGAUUUCUAAUUUUAUUUCAUGCAUUUCAUGCAUUUAGCAGUUUGGGGCAUCUAAAAACAAAAACCAUGAUGCCAUCACACUUAGGAUGAGACUGUUUUUAAGAUAAGAUAAGAUAGAUCUUUAUUGUCACUGUUACAAAAACAAUGAAAGACAGUUUGGCAUCUCUCCAUUAGCAGCAUGUAGAUUUUUUUAUAUUAAAAUUACUUUAUAAUAAAAGAUAAGAGACAAAUUCCCCACCUGUGGGACUAACAAAGGUUAUCUUAUCUAAUCUUAUACACAGAUACAUGCAGAUGCCAGAGUCUUUUCAAGCUUUUCAGAAAUGUGUAAAUGUAGCAUUUCCACUAAAAGCUUUUUUUUUCCUGGAAAUGAUUGAUUUAGGCCAUAAAAUUGCAUAUGUCGCCAAUCAUUCUCAUCUACUUAUAAUAUGCAUAACCAUCACUUGAAACAAAAAACAGGCUUUUUCCUUGUUGAAUGAAGUCUUCAUGUUGCGCCUUUUGUAGGCAGUUAUUUAAUCUAACCUGCCAAUUAACCUGAUAAAAGCAAUUACCUUGUUUGAUUUCUGCAAUUUUUUUCUAAAGACUGCUUAAAAAUUUCCCUCUACUCGACGUUGACGUUAGAAUGUGCACUUUAAUUUCUCUUAACCUCUGCAUCCCCAGGGGGCCAGCCAGAAUCUCAUUAAUAAUGAAGGAGAUGUUACUUAUUAUAGAAAGUCCAUGGGUGAUUUACCUAUUGCCAUGUUCGUUGUGUUUCUACCCUGAGAGCAUUACGAUUAGUUCUCAUAAAUAAAUAAAGCUAUUCAGAUUUAUUAAACUCAAACUAAGAGAAAUACCACACUUAUAACUAUACACUAAAAAUGAAGCUCAGUUGAGAGCCAGCCUGAGUCUUUGCAAAGGUAAACUCAAAAGUUAAAAAGCAAAGUUCUCUAAAUAAAAUCUUAGAUUUGUUUCUGUAAUCCAUUUGAGAGCUUUUGUUUUUUUUGUUUUCAUUUUAUGUAUCUAUUUAUUUAUUGGGGCAGUCUACUUGUUUGGGAAGGUAAUAAUAAUAACAUGCACAUUAUAUUUUAGGGUGGAAUAUUUUUCAUACUCAGUCAUAUUGUCUCAUAUGGGCCUUAUCUGCUUAAGCUUGUAUUCAAAGCAAAGUUGCCAGAACCAAUUCAUUUGGUGAAAAUAACAGACCUCAGUUUGUGUUACUUCAGUUUAAGUUUGUGUUACUUAAAGUCACCUGAUUAAAUCUAAUUGAAAUGCCAUA